AUGGAGAUAAAUAUUUUACAAGGAAAGCAUUACUGGGUAUUUUUGCAAAGCGCUUUGAAUUUUAUUGACAAACACUUCUGUUGCAAUAUGGACGAGAGAAAAAUGUCGAUUUUGUCGGACAUCGAGCUAGUCCGGGCGGUAGUGAUCGGCGAUGACCAAUCGGUCAUCACAAUGAUGAUGGAGAAGUAUGCCCAAUACAAUGGACUUCCGUAUAUCAGACAGAAAGGAGAGCUGAUCACAGCGUUCAAUGGCCGAAAAUGCAUCUUCAAGUCAGUCUCUCUUGAGCAGACGGAUCGAGGUUUCGAUGAUCCCCAUGUAUUUCUUUUUGUCAAACAACUGCAGAGGAAACGGUCAACUUGCCACCUUGCACCACACUCAUUCCAGAUCUUCAAUACGGUGGCUGAACGUAUUCGUGGUGUGCCGUACGUUCUCGUCGGUACCCAAAUCGACAAACGUCUUUCGAUGCUGAUUGAAAACUACGGAUGUGGUCAUACGAAGUACUUGCCGAUGCCGUUGAACAAAGCUGAGUCGUAUGCGAAACGGAUUGGGGCCAGCAAAUACCUCGAAUGUUCAGAGGUAACCGGGGAAGGCUUGGACGAAGUGUUCGAAGAAGCGUUUGAAAUUGGUCAUAGUUAUGCACUCGAACAACUACGUGGUUAUCGACGGAGGAUGUCCGCUGCGACUCAAAUACCGAAAGAUCGUAAAUUGAGCUGCAUCACUCAGUAG